CCUGUCAUCAUCAGAGUGCGCCGGAACUGGUUGGCGAGUGCGACUGUGUCCGAGCGGCGGUGGGAGCGCGGGCGGAGACAGAGAUACCACCCCACACCUACCCCCCCUCCCCCAAGCGGGUCAGAGAGCCUCCCCCACCCCCACUAAACCCUGACAGACAGAGCUCCCCCUGACCCUCACCCCCACCCGCUCGGAGCCGCGAUGCUGAAGGCCGUGAUUCUGAUUGGGGGCUCCCAGAAAGGUACACGGUUCCGGCCUUUGUCCUUCGAGGUUCCGAAGCCGCUGUUCCCUGUGGCUGGGGUCCCAAUGAUCCAGCAUCACAUCGAGGCUUGUGCAAAGGUUCCAAAUUUGAAGGAGAUCUUACUGAUUGGGUUUUACCAGCCAAGCGAUGAAUUAAACCGUUUCCUCUCAUCAGCACAGCAGGAAUUCAAAGUCUGUAUCAGGUAUCUCCAAGAGUACAUCGCUCUGGGCACCGGCGGUGGGCUGUAUCACUUCCGAGACCAGAUCCUAUUUGGAAAUCCAGAGAAAUUCUUCGUCAUGAACGCAGAUGUUUGCUGUGAGUUUCCCCUGGUGGAAAUGAUGGAAUUCCAGCAAUCCCGGGGCCACCUCGACUCGUUCGUCAUGUUGGGCACAACUGCGAACAGGAGGCAGUCGAUGAAUUACGGCUGCAUUGUGGAGAAUCAGCAGACACACGAGGUUCUCCAUUAUGUGGAAAAGCCAAGCACUUUUGUCAGUGACAUCAUUAACUGUGGAAUUUACCUCUUCACGCCGGACAUUUUCCAGUAUAUCGGAGAAGUGUUCAAGAAAAACCAGCAGGACCUUUCCAUAGAGGAGAACACAAAUGGCUGGCAGCGAGCUGAGGUCAUUCGCCUGGAGCAGGAUAUCUUCACCACCAUGGCUGGGCGUGGCUCUCUCUACAUUUACAAAACCGAUGGCUUCUGGAGUCAGAUCAAGUCAGCAGGGUCUGCCAUCUAUGCCAACCGACUGUACCUUAACCAAUACCAGAAAACUCGGCCUGACCGACUGGCCAAGAACACACCAGGUAGUCCCAGAAUCCUCGGCAAUGUUUAUAUCCACCCGACAGCGACCAUUGACCCCACAGCUGUGCUUGGUCCCAAUGUCACCAUCAGUACGGGAGUGACAAUCGGAGCGGGAGUCCGAAUCCGAGAGUCCAUCAUCUUACACGGAGCUUCCCUACAGGACCACAGCUGUGUGCUCAACUGUAUCGUGGGUUGGGACAGCUCUGUCGGCAAAUGGUCAAGAGUUGAAGGAACUCCAAGUGACCCCAAUCCCAAUGAUCCACAUGCCAAGAUUGACAGUGAAACACUCUUCAGUGAUGGGAGACUCAAUCCUUCAAUAACUAUUCUUGGAUGUAAUGUCAGCAUUCCCUCGGAGGUGAUCAUCCUGAACUCCAUUGUCCUGCCUCACAAGGAGCUGAAUCGUAGCUUCAAGAACCAGAUAAUUCUAUAGCCAGAGCUGAGUUGAACCCUCAGGACGAGGGGAAAACAUAACUGUUUGGAUCUGCUGAGACCAUCUGACCUGUGCCUACAACAUCAGGAGUAUGUGCAUUAUACAGAUUUCAGCCUCGUUACUUUAUAGACGUGUGUCAACCUGCUCAGCUUUUCAAUUACCGAAAGUGGCCCUUAAUUCAACCAAGCCCAUGUCACCCACACCCCUGUGUACACUCACCCCCCCCAAUCACUGACUCUACUCACCCAUUUAACCCCCCCCCUUCCUACCUAUUUAACUCCUCCCCCAGUUUGGAACCACUCUCAGUUCCCCUGAGUGCAUUGUUCUGUUCUGAGUUCCCAUGUUUGCUGACUGAUCCCCUCAGUCUGGUGCCUCCUGCUCUUUGGGUGGUUCCCCCUGGCAGGUUCUGCUGUUUUCAGGCCUGGAGAGUGCGUCGCUCCCUUUCCCACGGAGUUUCUCAGAUCCUGCUUCGCGUUUAUUCCCUCAAUGUCCCCAGUUUUAAUGAGUUUUGUCUAAACUCAGCUGUGACUAUUUCAGAAUCUGUGUAAGCGAGAUGAAAUGGGAGGAUAGUGAUGGGAAAUCUUUAUUUAGGGGCUGUUGAAUUGGUGAAUAAAGAGAGACACACUGUCCCUUUUCAGAGCAGUUAACAAA